AUCGUGUGUGCUUUCGCAGCUGAAUAUCUGCGGUUUCUGACAAUAUCUCAAUAGCUCUAGGGAGCUUUACCCAUCGAUUCAGUCGAGUGUUAGCUUUGUGUAUCCAGUAGAGAGUUUUAAGUAGUCAUGGCCAGCCAUCAGUUACCUUCGCUAAAAAUCACGUGCGCUGUGCUGUUCCUGUCGUUGGCCUUGGUGGCCGGUGCUACGAUGCCACCACUUUGCGAGAACCGCCUGAUUGAAGAUCUGCCGCCAAAGUUUCGAAAAGUGUGCGCAGCGCUAGAGAAUUCGAAUCAGUUUGCGGAAGCUCUAAAUGCGUACAUACGAAAGGAGGCGGCUGGUAAUGCUUUCCUUUACCUGGACGACGAUAUGCUGGUACCGGGACAGAACGGAAAACGAACCGAUGUGGAUCACGUGUUUCUAAGGUUUGGCAAAAGGCGCUAGGCUCCUCGCGUUUGAGCGGCCCCUACUCUGGCGACAUUCGGCGACAGGACCUUUCACCACGGCGAGACGUGCAAAAUGAACGAGCUACAUUCUGAAGUCAGUAUUAUUGAGAAUUCAUGGAAAUCAAUGUGUAGUCACUUAAGCAGGGCACAAUAUGUUCAGUUUCCUUAGGCGUAUAGUUUCACGUAACAUGAACUGAACUCUCCAUUCCCAGACAGCGGCGUGGUAUUGAUGUAGCCACACCAUUAAAGUACAGUAUUAUACAGAAAAGCCGAGUCAGUGACGCGACACCGUUUCAGGUACUGCUGGAAGCCGCCGCCGGUCAUAGCAAGAAGUUCGUGGGGAACAAAUAAAUGUACGAUGUACUGGA